AGCCACCUGUGAGUCAUGUUAAUGUUUAGCUUGGGCCUCCUCCCCCUCCUGGGGCCAUCAGCCACCUUAAAUGGCAUCUUAGGGAGUAGGUUCCGGACAGACCCGGUCAUCGCCUCGGGCGACUCCAUCAUUCAACUGAAGAUGCCGCCCUCCAUCUUCCUGCUGCUGCUGGUUGCUGGGCUCCUUCCCACGGCCCGCUGUAAUGAGGUCACUUCCUCACCAGCCACUACCCAGGAACCUGCUGAGAGAGACACACCCUGCUACCAGAUCUCAGCCAACAUAGCCAACUUCGCUUUAAAUCUGUACCAGCAACUGGCAUCUGACUCCAACUCCACCAACAUCUUCUUCUCCCCACUGAGCAUCUCCUCAGCUUUCGCCCUGCUGUCGCUGGGAGCCCGGUCAGUCACCCAUACCCAGAUCCUCGAGGGCCUUGGGUUCAACCUGACGCGCACCUCGGAGGCCGAGAUCCAUAAGGGCUUCCAGGACAUCGUCCGUUCCCUCGCCCGGGCCAACAGCGGGCUCCAGCUGGAUACAGGCAGCGCCUUGUUUGUGGACAACAAACUCAAACUGCUGGAACGCUUCCUGGAGGAUGCUAAGAACCUGUACUCCUCAGAAGCCUUCUCAACUGACUUCAAGGACCUGGCGGUGGCCAAGAAGCAGAUCAACGACUACGUGGAGAAGGGGACGCACGGGCAGAUCACAGAACUGAUCGAUGAUCUCCAUCCAGCAAGCCUCUUGGUCCUGGUGAAUUUUAUCUUCUUUAAAGCGAAAUGGGAGAAACCUUUCAAAAUGGAAAACACCGUGGAGGAUGACUUCUUCGUGGAUGAGAAAACGACAGUGAGAGUGCCCCUGAUGCAAAGGCUGGGCAUGUUCCACUACAUGUAUGACAGCGAACUCUCAUGCAACGUUGUGACGAUGCAGUACGUCGGCAAUGCCACCGCCUACUUUGUGCUGCCGCAGCAAGGGAAAACAAAACAGGUGGAGGACCACCUGACGAAGGAUCGCAUUCUGAAAUGGUCGGAAUCUAUGAAGAGGAGGUCGCUCAACUUGCGUUUUCCCAAAUUUUCCAUUUCUGGCACCUACCAGCUUGAAAAGAUCCUGGGAAAAUUGGGUGUGACCGACGUGUUCACUGACAAGGCUGACCUCUCUGGCCUCACGGACCAGGUCCAUCUCAAGGUCUCAAAAGCCGUGCACAAGGCCAUGCUGAAGGUCGAUGAGAAAGGGACCGAGGCAUCAGCGGCCACUGCCGUGGAGGCCAUGCCCAUGUCUCUUCCUCCCACCGUGACCUACAACCACCCCUUCCUGGUCAUCAUUUAUGAGAAAAUCACCCAGACCAUGCUCUUCUUGGGGAAGAUCGUCAAUCCCACAGUCCCCUGACCCCCCGCAGGCGAGAUGCACACUUCUCUGCCUCCUACCCAAUAAAGAAUCGUUCCAAUC